UCUAUCCCUGUAUCUUGUUUUAAUUAAAAUUCUUCUUUUUUCUUCCAGAAAUGAUUUCCGAGUAUUUUCAGCUUGUCUCAAGCUUUCCUAAAAGUUUAAUUAUUGUUAAUUUAUUUUAAGAAGGACCCUUCCCUACACAAUCUUUAAUAUUUGAUCAGAAAUGUAUUUAUAAUAUAUGGAAUUGUAACUAGGCUCUAGAUCUGACAUUGUAUCAUGCCAGAAUGUCAGUAAGGUUACCAACCUGAAGAUGUAACUGAACUCUGGGUUAUCCAAAUAGAGGACGUUAAUGAUUAGAAAUGCAGGCGUGCCCAUUUUCCCCUUAUAUAAAUAGCUGAGGUGGUGUGCAAGCCUCUACACACCGAACGGAGCUUCAGAAAUCCAUCUUUCUUGUGGUGAAGGUGACACCAGGCAGGAUCGGCAGGAAUGGCCUUCAGUGGAACGUGGCAGGUCUACUCUCAGGAGAACUACGAGGAGUUCCUCAGGGCCAUAUUACUACCCGAGGACAUCAUCAAGUUGGCCAAAGAUGUCAAACCUAUAACAGAGAUCCAACAGACAGGGCAUGACUUCGUCGUCACCUCAAAGACCCCUGGAAAAACGGUCACUAAUUCCUUUACCAUUGGAAAGGAAACUGAAAUCACCACCAUGGAUGGAAAGAAGCUCAAGUGCAUUGUGAGGCUGGAGGGAGGCAAGCUCAUCUGUGAUUCAGACAAGUUCUCACACAAGCAGGAGAUCAAGGAUGGAGAGAUGAUUGAGACUCUGACUGCAGGAGGAACUACCAUGGUCAGGAAGAGUAAAAAGCUGUGAUGUGACUUGGCCUGCUGAAAAUCUCUCCAGUUCACAUGCCAUCUAUUUAAAUAAAUAUGUUAUUUGUCAAAA